CGCGGAGCUCCGGCCCCAUCGCCUGCUCGCGGAGGCCGCGCCGGGCGGCGGCGAGGCCGGAAGAUGGCCUGGGUGCUCAAGAUGGACGAGGUGAUCGAGUCCGGGCUGGUGCACGACUUCGACGCCAGCCUCUCGGGCAUCGGGCAGGAGCUGGGCGCCGGCGCCUACAGCAUGAGCGAUGUCUUGGCGUUGCCCAUUUUUAAGCAGGAAGAUUCCAGCCUUCCGUUGGAUGGUGAGACUAAACACCCACCCUUUCAGUAUGUGAUGUGCGCCGCCACCUCGCCAGCCGUCAAACUGCACGACGAGACGCUCACUUACUUGAACCAAGGUCAGUCUUAUGAAAUUCGGAUGCUGGAUAAUCGGAAAAUGGGAGAUAUGCCCGAGAUUACUGGAAAAUUGGUAAAGAGCAUCAUAAGAGUUGUAUUCCAUGACAGACGGCUGCAGUACACGGAGCAUCAGCAACUCGAAGGCUGGAAAUGGAAUCGCCCAGGAGACAGACUUCUCGAUUUAGAUAUUCCAAUGUCUGUGGGAAUAAUUGACACCAGGACAAAUCCAAGCCAGUUAAAUGCGGUUGAAUUUCUGUGGGACCCUGCAAAGCGCACGUCUGCUUUCAUUCAGGUGCACUGCAUCAGCACAGAAUUUACUCCCCGGAAGCACGGAGGCGAGAAGGGAGUGCCUUUCAGGAUCCAGGUGGACACCUUUAAGCAGAAUGAAAACGGAGAAUACACGGAUCAUCUACACUCCGCUAGCUGCCAAAUCAAAGUGUUUAAGCCUAAAGGUGCAGACAGGAAACAAAAAACGGACCGAGAGAAGAUGGAGAAGAGAACCGCUCACGAGAAGGAAAAGUACCAGCCGUCCUACGAUACUACUAUCCUCACGGAGAUGAGGCUUGAGCCUAUAAUUGAAGAUGCAGUUGAACAUGAGCAGAAAAAGUCCAGCAAGCGGACUUUGCCAGCAGACUACGGUGAUUCUCUGGCAAAGCGAGGCAGUUGCUCUCCGUGGCCCGAUACCCCCACAGCCUACGUGAAUAGCAGCCCUUCCACAGCGCCCGCCUUCACCUCCCCACAGCAGGGCACGUGCAGCGUCCCAGACAGCAAUUCUUCUUCCCCAAAUCAUCAGGGAGAUGGAGUUUCACAGCCCUCUAGUGAACAACUUCAGCCUUCAGCCACGAUCCAGGAAACACAACAAUGGCUGCUCAAAAACAGAUUCUCUUCUUACACAAGACUGUUUUCCAAUUUUUCAGGUGCCGACUUACUAAAAUUGACAAAGGAGGAUUUAGUACAAAUUUGUGGUGCAGCCGAUGGCAUUCGGCUCUAUAAUUCACUCAAGUCAAGGUCGGUGAGGCCCCGCUUGACCAUCUAUGUCUGCCAGGAGCAGCCGAGCGGCUCCCCGCUGCAGGGGCAGCAGCUGGCGGGCGGCGGAGGCGAGGGCAGCGGCGGGACACCCUACGUUUAUCAUGCGAUCUACUUGGAAGAAAUGGUUGCAUCAGAAGUUGCUCGAAAACUUGCAUUGGUGUUUAAUAUUCCUUUCCACCAAAUUAACCAGGUCUACAGACAGGGUCCCACCGGUAUUCACAUUCUUGUUAGCGACCAGAUGGUUCAGAACUUUCAAGAUGAGAGUUGUUUUUUAUUCUUCACAGUAAAAGCAGAGAAUGGUGACGGUAUCCACAUAGUUUUGAAGUGAUGUCUUACUUAGUCUGAACUGUAUUCAGUACCAAAUAAAGUCACGCUUAAAAGUGUGUGAAGACUGAAUCCAAGAAGUCUUGGGAUUGGAUUUUACCGUAUGAAAUGUUUCAUAUUGAAAACACAAGAUGACCUUUCUAAUGAGCUGUAUGAGAGGCGAAUCUCCUCACUGUCACUGCCAUAGCCAAGCAUCCUCGUGAGAGUGAGCACGUCGGGACGGCACGCGUGCAGCUCUGGGGGCCACGCGCAGGCCCGGCUGCCUGCGUCUCUGGCAGAGGCCAGUAGGUACAGUUCUAGAAGCAGCCUUUGCUGGCUCUUUACACUGUAUGCGGUUUGGCAAUGAAUGUAAACACGUACCGUGGGCAUUUACCUUUCUGUGCCAGUUCGGCUUUUAUUGCCUGAACCUUAUGCCGACCCGGGGCGGGGGUGGGGGACAGUGCCGUCGUGGAACCAGCACGGAGUCUGUCUGCAGAGGCCACGUGCUGACACCGUGAUUGGUGGUCAGGUAAGAGUCUUGGCACCUUCUCGGAAGAAAUCACGUAAGGGUGUGUGUGACGGGAUCAUGCCAGAUCGGGGAAAACCCGAGCCGGGAAGGCGGGUGUGAAGCAAACUGCAUUAUCAAGAGUACCUUGGUGAGAGGAUCAGUGUAAAUCCUAAUAGGUACAAAGACUUUUGUGUUUCUGCUUCGUCACAGAUUUCUUGAAAAACCUUUUUGCUUCCGCUUCCAUUUUUAGCAUUUUGUUUCUGGUUUUUAUUUUUGAAGCCCCCAUGCCUUUUAAACUCAUGUGGCGUUCCUCCCUUUCCCUGUUUCCGACCACCCCGUCCCUCCUCGCUCUGAACCGUCCUGUCCUUGUGUUUUUAAAGCCCUACCCCAGACCGUGGAACCAGGUGCCCCGGGGAGGGGGAAGACUAUGGUAGUUUUCUGACUUGCCGCUGAGGGGUCUUUGUUACCAAUGAGUUGAAAUUAUCGCGGCAAAGCAGAUGUCAUAGAUGAAACACUAAAUUGUGCCGUAAAAAUUGCCCACGCUUCUGAGAUAUUGAGCUCUGGUACAAUCAUGGUAAACGUUGUGGUGAUUAUUUAAGAGGCUUUUUGCCACGCCACACGAUGGCCUCUUUUUCUUAAAAAGGGUGCGUCUUCCACAAAACCAAAUGCUUGUCUCUCAAAGGGAGUCCACGGCUUCUGCGAUUUUCUCCUCGUUCUCGCUUCCCUCCCCACGCGCACCAGCAGGCGGCGCCUGUGAAACCUGUGGUGGGGCGGACCGUGUUUUUAAGCUUCGGCUCCCCUUUAAGCUAUAGCGCCUCUGUCCACGUGCCCGGCUGUCUUGGUUCUGAACGUGUUGAUUCUUACCUUUGUUCGGGCAGAAAUAGGAGUAAUUUGGACUCUGAAAUCCCUCCCAGAAGACAGACCACUUCAGUGGGUAAAAAGCUUUGACGGUUUGUGUUGUAUUCUUCAAGGGGAUUAAGACGCACGGUCUCUAAAUACUUUCAUCUUUAGUUUGAAAAUAUCUGUAACUCUGUAGACCCUGAAGCGGGGGAACGUUCCUUUCUGUCAUCUCCCUUUGCUUUUGUAUGAACACAUGUUUUCUGUACCAAUCACUUGGGAAAGAAGUGAGCAUAUCUCUUGUUUUUAGAGUCCUGCUUGUCUAUUUAGCAUUCCUUUUUGAGUCUCAAGAUACACGGAACAAUAAAUGUCAUUUAAUGCUG